UGUUUUCUAUUUUGUUUUGGAUAAUUCAAUUUCAAUGUUGCUGACUGCUGACGGAGGAGGAAGAUUGUUCGUGAUCGUGUAUUGAAAGUUUAUUAUUAUUUAUGUAAAUAAUCCUAGAUCGUUUCAAUCUAUUGCAAUAGCUUGCAAGUGAUAAUAGUUUCUUGUAAUAGAAAUGAUUUUUUCAUUGUCUGGUUAUAUUAGUUGGGAUUUCCAAGUCCCUGUCUGAAUUACAUACAUAACCUAUUUUAAUAGAAAUGAAAGUGUGAGUUUUUUCUCCAUCUCAAUCAAGUUUGGUUGUCCUGUGUCAAGGUUAGUGACUUGUAAACGGAGAUGAGCUCGGCUCGAAUGGUGCGCACUGCGAAGACGCGGUUUGUGCUGUUGGCGCUGCUGCUGUUUGUGUUUGUGGCGCUGACCUACCUCUACCACUCCAGCCAGACCAAGGUGGACGAACUGAAAAAGCAUGUCGCCAACUGUGAUCAGCAACAGGAGUCGCUCGCUGCACAGCUGCAAGUUAUUUUCGAAUACAAACUAAGACUGGAAAAAUCGUUGCAAAAAGAAAAGGCCGAGCAUAAAGAAACUAAAGAAGAAUGCCAGAAUAAAGCACAAGAGGAAAAAAUAAUGAGAGAGAAAGAGACAAAUGAGGCAGUUGAUAAAUACAAUGCGUUAUCGCAGCAUUUCAAAUUACUAGAGAGCUCACAUAAAGAUCUAACAGAAGAUUGCGAUAAGAUAAGAAAAGCACAACUGGAAAAUGUGGACGAUAUAACAACUCUUGAAAAUAAGAUACAAUCACUUUUACAAGAGUUGAAACAAGUUCAGGAGUCCAAAAAUAAGACAGUAGAAACGUGGAAAUUGCAGUUUGAAGAAUUGCAAAAGGAAAACGACCGCCUGAAGAAGGAGAAUGCGCGAUUGAAGAGUAGUCCUGACACCGAGCAGAAUAAAUUGGAUUUUGUCAGUUUGGAGAACGAGUUGAAGAAUACAAAGACAGCACUGGAGCAGUGUAGGGCGGGAAAGCCCGUAUCAAUGAAGCAGGAACAGUCAGAGGCGGCUCCCAACGCUCAAGCCGUGGGUCCAACGCCCAAUAAAGCUCCUCUGCCCAAGGAAGACGAAUUCAAUAUGGGCCUCCAUCUUACGGGUAGCUCUACAACUCCCGUCAUUAAUCCAGAGGCAGUAAUGGAUCACGAUGUCCCCAUGAAAGUAGCACAAAAGGAAAUGAAUAAAUCUAGUACGCCUACAAUUGUACAGGACAAAAAUAAACCAACAUUUGGUAACGUGCCACCACUUUUAGCAAUUCCCAUUCAGCGUAAACAGGAUCAGCAGCAGCAGCAGCAGCAGCAGCAGUCGUACCAAUACGGGGGCGGCGAUCAGCAACAAAUGGCCGAGUCAGCACACCAGCUAGCGGCACCCGACAAUAUGGCGGCCGAGGCGGCGGUGGCGGGUGCCAAACUGGAGGAGAAUGCGCCCGUGGCCGACCAGCCCAAACAGUCGGAGGACCUGUUCGAGCCAGGGGCGGACGUGAAUGGGGGCGUCAGCAACGAGAACAAGAAGUACAACCACAUGAUGCAGGACCUCAAUGGCGCCCUGGAGGAACUGGAGGACCCGCAGAAACCAGAUCAUGAGAUUCCAAGACCAAAACAUCAUCAGUAUCAAGGGGGAGAUUACGAUAAAGAAGAAGGGGACAACGAAGAUGAGGGGGAGCAGUUGGACUACAUGGUGGGGGGAGAGGCCAAGCACCAGCCUCCCCCUGCACCCCUGCCCCACCAGCAGUCCCUGCAGAGACAGAAUAAUGGCGGAAGCAUAAUGGUGAAUCCAAAAUGAAGAGAGUGAGGACUUGCUGCUAGGUAAUUGGAUACUCCUGGUACUGGAUGCCAGGACAGUACUUACAAAAUCAGUAUUGUCAUGUAAAUCAAUUGGUAAUAGAAUAAUGAUUUUUCUAUAAUGAUUGUCAACACAUGUGAUAACAUUAUAAAGAUAGAUCUGAAUAAUGAAUGUCAAGCAAUAGAAUGAAUGUUACUUUUUUGUAGUGAUAUUUUGUAUCUGUAAGAUAUUUGAUCAUUCUUUCUAGAAUUUUCUCUAAUAUCUUCCUAGUUAUUCUGAAUAUCCCAUAUGAAUAGAAAAUGUGCGUACUGCUUUCGAAGGAAAGAUAUAUCCGGGCUUUUAUUGAGAAUACUAUACACCUACCGUUAGUUUUGGGUGGAUUCCGAACACAAAGUGUGUCAUGGUUAAGCAGAUAUCUCCGAUAUUCUCUUUGAAUUUACUAUUCCCUGAUUAAUGUGAGUAGAGUUUUGAUAACUUGUAAAUUUGUUCUAUCUUAGAAAAGGUAGCAUAAGAGUGUUCAAUUAUGUAUACUUGAAAUUUACAAUAGGUAUAAAAUGAGAAGUGUAAAAGUGAUGUUAGUUGAAGUAAUGUGAUCAAACGAUGUUGCAUUUUCAUUGUCAUCUCGAUAAUUUCCCUGAAUAGAAAAAUUACCACAUAAGUAGAAACUUUUCUUCUUGGUCGAAAAAUGAGUAAAUAAUGGGUGUAGUAAUAGCUCCUUAAUGAUACUUUGAAUAGUUAGAUAGUGGCAACUAUGCACAUCUCAAAAAAGUAAAACUAUGAUGAAGAUUGAAUAUUGAAACUACUAUUAAUUUCUUAUACUUUUCAACUUUUAUUACAAUAGAUUCCACUAGACAAUAUUAUAUAUUUUAAGGACAAUCUAUUGCAUCUAAUUUUUUAUGAAAUUUCAGAUAUAGGUUUUUAAUUAUUUUAGUUUUAGUAGGCCUAAAUCUUUUAUUUUAUGUGGUAAACAUCUUUAUUGAGAUGUAUCUGUAUACUUUUUAAGAGUAAAUAAUCUUAAUAACUAUUUAAGACUAUCAAGGAAAUUUAAAUCAGUAUUGUCAUUCAGUUUUUAAUCAAAUAAGUUUCCCUGAUUUUUUAUUCAACUAGUUCUUCGUAACACUGAACAAUAUACUAUAGUUUGUGAAAACUAUUUUACAAUCAAAAAUUUGAUACCUGAUCAAGUUUUCUUGAAGUUUUAUCGUGAUGUUCAUAUUGAGUAGAGAGUAGUAAUUAUUUUUAAAAAUUCAACUGUGUAAAAUCAAUGUUUCUGUUUUAGCAAUAACAAUUGAAAUUCAACAGAGUAUUUUUACUGCUUACAAGAAAUGCUGCAUCAAAUACGCACAGCAACGCAAACAAGAACAUAUUUGGUUCAAUUUUUUUGAGAGUGGUUGGAUUUACUGAUAAAUUCAGCUUUCAGCAACUAUUUUUUUUAUGAAGUAGGAAGCUAUUAUUUCUAAAUCUAUCAUUAUUAUUUUAUAUUUUAUCCUAUGCGUGUCACUAAUCACUCAUAUUAUAUAUGAGAAAGCUUUUAAUAUUGGUAGGACUAUGAAAAUCGUUCAAAAAAUAUGUAGAAACUACACUUUUAUCCCCAACUAAUGUUUGUUAGAUGCGAAGCAGACUGAAGGGAACUUAUUCCUGGAAGUGAUAAUUUAGAUCUACAAGUGAGAUGAGCUUGCUUGAAGAUAGCAUGAUUUGGAACAGUCCAAUUUUAUUUGCAUUUAAUACAGCUCUCUCAGUCGUGCUCUUUUCAAUGCGGGUUCAUUUGGAGCUGAGGGUCGUAUCCAUUUUUGUCAGUUGUAUAUGAAUGAAUUUUAUUGAAACUAGUGGUGUAAAAAAUUCAGUAAACUACACAAAUCGGCAUUCUAACUAAUUUUUGACUAUUUAAUCGUUUUGCAUCAAUGUUAACUCUUAAGAUAUAUAGCGUAUGUACC